UUCCAAAAAGUACAAAGCAGCAGCUAAUGUUGUCAGGAAAAUGAAACUUGGGUUUUUUUUUCUUGCUUGCUUUUGCUUUCAUUUACUGCAGCCUAUAAACACCACCUAUGUGCCAUUGUCUGUUGGACUCAGAACAGGCUGGGUGAGUUGGGACUGCUUUCUUUUUUCAAGACCACACAUACAAGUUUCCUCUUCCUCUCAUAGUGUCUGUAUCAACAGCAGAAGGAAGAAGUCCAGACUGUGGAACUCCAUCCUCAAGAUGAUCCCUCACAUGGCCCUGUGUAAAUUCUUUCCCCUGGUUCUAGUCGGGGUUGUGGUGUUCACUGUGAGUGGGAUCUUUGGAGACCCCUUGUAUGAGUGCCUCCAAGACACUGACUACAGCGAGCUUCUCAACAUUGUGGACAGAGGACUUCCUGCCACUAAGACACCCCGCCACGUAGCAAUCAUCGGCGGGGGCAUUGCUGGACUGACCGCUGCAAAGUUUUUAGAAGAUGCCGGACAUAAGGUGACCAUAAUAGAAGCCAGUGGCCGUAUUGGAGGACGUGUAGAGACCUUCAGGAAAAUAACAGAAGGCUGGUAUGCAGAAAUGGGCGCUAUGAGGAUCCCCAGCUUUCAUAAGAUUCUGCUGUCUUUUGUCUCCAAAUUAAAAAUUUCCUUAAACCACUUCAUCCAAGAUGACAUCAACACCUACUAUCUGGUAAAUGGGGUGCUUCAGAAAACCUAUGCUGUGGAAGACAACCCCGGUGUGCUCAACUACAGCUUAAAUGAAAGAGAGAGGGGGAAGUCAGCUGCUCAACUCUUCAGUCAAGCACUCUGGAAGGUGAGGGAUGACCUGAAGGCAGUCGGCUGCAGUGCCAUGUUGGAUAAAUAUGAUUCCUACACAGUGAAGGAAUAUCUAGUGAAGGAGGGCAACCUGAGUCGUGGUGCCUUGAGGAUGGUCGGGGACAUCCUGAAUGAAAACAGCCUCUUCUACAUGUCAUUGAUAGAAAUGCUGUACAUACAGUCGGACAUCAAUGACAACACUGAGUAUUUUGAAGUGACAGAUGGCUUUGACCACCUCCCGAGGGCGUUCUACCAGGUUUUAAAUGCCACCAUCCUCCUCAACUCCAAGGUCAAGCUAAUCAACCAAACCGGCGGCAACAAUGUGACUGUAACAUACCAGGACUGGCGUACUCCAGGCUCCCUGACCAACCUAACAGUUGACUAUGCCCUGGUCACGGCCACAGCGAAAGCUGCCCUCUUCAUUGACUUCCAGCCACCUCUCUCCGGGGACAAGAUGGAGGCUUUGCGCUCAGUUCAUUACGCCAGCUCCACCAAGGUGGUACUCAGUUUCAGGGACCGGUUCUGGGAGAAAGAAGGCAUCAAAGGAGGGAAGAGCAUCACAGACCGGCCCUCCCGCUUCAUCUACUACCCCAGCCAUAGCUUCCACGGCACAGCCGCGGGGGCCCUCCUCGCAUCUUACACCUGCUCCGAUGAUUCCACCCUGUUCCAAGGGAUGAGCGAGGAGGAGCUGAUGGCUGUGGUCCUGGAGGACUUGGUGAAGAUCCACGGAGAUUAUAUCAGGCCUCUGUGGACAGGGGGAGUGGUGAAGAAGUGGGGCUUAGAUCCUUACAGUCUGGGAGCAUUUGCCUUGUUCACACCCUACCAGAAGGGACACUAUGCCAGAGAACUGUUCCAGAGUGAGGGCCGGGUGCACUUUGCAGGAGAACACACAGCCACACCGCAUGGGUGGAUUGAAACUGCAAUGAAGUCUGCACUCAGAGCAGCUAAAAACAUCAAUGGCCUUACAGUUUGAUGUGUAUUCUUUUUUAAAUAUGUCUCUCAUAUACAGUCUUAUAGGGUUUGUCUGGUAUUUUGGUUUAUAGGUUCAUCUUGUAAGUACUGUUCUAUCAAUACUCACCCCCUUUGAUAUGAUGUACAUUUCUGUGUUAUGUAUAUUUAUUGAUUUACAUACAUAUCGACUGAUCAGCAGUAAAAGGAUUGUCUGUCAUGAUCAGAUCCCACAAAGAUAAUCAUGAAUAGAAAUGUAAUUAUUUAAUUAUGUGUAUGUUUGCAGGGGUUUACUGCUAAGUGGUGUAUGUGGUGUCUCAGAGAAUAUUCCAUGACUUUCUACCAAAAUAAAACUGAAUUAGAGCUACAA